AGUUUGAUAUUGUUUACGUUUUAAUGUUAAAUGCUGCAAUUUUGUUAUUAGUGAUUCAUAUAAGUUCGCACAGUUUAAAAUAAAACAAAAAUGUCUACGGACAAAAAAAUAAUUCAAGAAUUUGUUUUAGAACAAGACAAUGAACUUCGAUUCGAAGUAGAGUCUAAAAAUGAAAAAGUUUAUUUAACUUUAAAAAGUGGUACUGCUGAAAUUUUUGGCACCGAAUUAGUUAAAGCAAAAACUUACGAAUUUACAUCAGGAGCAAAAGUUGCAGUUUUCACAUGGCAUGGAUGCGUUGUCGAAGUUAAAGGAAAAACUGAUGUAAUAUAUAUUGCAAAAGAAACUCCUAUGGUAAUAUAUUCAAAUUGUCAUGCCGCUCUAGAGAUUAUGAGAACUGAAGCUGAAAAAGAAAAUAAGAGGGGCCCGAUAGCUAUGAUUGUGGGACCUACUGAUGUUGGAAAAUCUACUGUUUGUAGGAUAUUAUUGAACUAUGCUACGAGAAUGGGUAGAAGACCAAUUUUUGUUGAUCUUGACGUUGGACAAGGAUACAUUUCAAUUCCCGGAACAAUUGGAGCUGUGAUGGUCGAAAGACCUGCUGGUAUAGAAGAAGGUUUUUCUCAAGAAGCUCCUUUGGUGUACAAUUUUGGUCAUAAAUCUCCAAUGUCUAAUGUAAAUUUAUUCAGUAUUUUAGAUGAGCAACUAGCAUCUGUGGUUAAAGAGAGGUUAGAGGUGAAUAAGCGGACUCGGGCAUCUGGAGUAAUAAUAAAUACUUGUGGUUGGAUUAAAAGUGCAGGUUAUAAACAAUUAUUAAAUUCAGCUAAAACAUUUGAAGUGGAUGUAAUAAUGGUGUUGGAUCAAGAAAGACUUUAUAAUGAAUUAGUUAGAGACUUGCCUAAUUUUGUUAAAAUUAUAUUUUUACCCAAAAGUGGAGGUGUAGUAGAACGUUCUAAAAGUAAUAGAAUAGAAUCAAGAGAUCAAAGAAUUCGUGAAUAUUUCUAUGGCACUACAAAGAAUUCCUUAUAUCCACAUUCGUUUGAUUUAAAAUUUUCUGAAAUAAAAAUUUAUAAAAUUGGUGCUCCAGCAUUACCAGACUCUUGCCUUCCAUUGGGAAUGAAAGCAGAUGAUCAUAUGACGAAACUAGUCCUUUUAACACCAAAUGCUGGUUUAAUGCAUCAUCUUUUAGCUGUAAGUUUUGCUGAGAAGGAGGAUGAAGAAAUUACUACAUCCCAUAUUGCUGGAUUUGUUUGUGUUACAAAUGUUGAUACAGAAAGACAAAUCAUCACAGUACUCUCUCCUCAACCAAAACCUUUGCCAAACAAUAUUUUAGUUUUAUCUGAACUUCAGUUUAUGGACAAUCAUUAGAAAAAAUAAUAAACUAAUUAGUUAAUAAAUUAUAUAUUGUACAAAAAGACAUAAUCUAAUAAAAAUUAUUAUUUUGUCAUA